GAAAAGAUUAAGGAAGGCAGCUUUGUGGAGCAGUGAAAGGAAGAAGCUAUGGGCAGCAAGAACUUGAGCAGUCUUGUUUUGGAACUAAUCUUAGGGAUCAUGUGGCUCAAUGGGGUGCUUCUUAGCAAGGCCCAAGGGGAUGAUGGCAUGAUAAGAAUUUAUGACAAAAUUGAGGACGAUAGGAAACAUUUCGUUCUUGUACAUGGAGCAUGCCAUGGAGCUUGGAUUUGGUACAAGCUGAAGCCGAUGCUGGAGGCCGCCGGCCACAAGGUGACGACGAUGGACCUUGAAGCGUCCGGCAUCGACCUCCGGCGAAUAGAGCAAGUUUGUUCGGUGGACGCAUACUCCCGGCCGUUGUUGGAGAUCAUAGCGGCGCUGCCAAAAGGAGAGAAGGUGGUCCUGGUGGGAGACAGCAUGGGAGGCAUCAACGCCGCCGUCGCCAUGGAAAACUACCCCCACAAGAUCGCCGUCGCCGUUUUUUUGAAUGCCUUCAUUCCGGACACCAAGCACAAACCUUCUUAUGUUCUGGAAAUGUACUCCAAGGUGGUCGUCGAUUGGAAGGAUUGUAAGUUCUCCUGGUUUCUCUGCGGCGAGAAAAACAUAACGACAAUAAAGCUGGGCCCUCAGUUCUUGAAGCAAAAUCUCUAUCAACUCUCCUCUACUGAGGAUUUGGAGUUGGCAAAGGCGUUGACGAGGGUAGGGUCGUUUUUCCAAGCGGAUUUGGCAGUGCGGAGUAAGUUUACAAUGGAGCGUUAUGGAUCGGUUCCAAGGACUGCGAUAAUAAGCAAGCAGGACAAGGCGAUUCCAGCAGAGUUCCAGCGCUGGGAGAUAGAAAAUUUUGGAGUGCAGGAACAGUUUGAAGUUGAUUUUGGAGAUCACUUGCUAAUGCUAUCCAACCCAGAAGAACUGCUCCGCCAUCUCCAGCAUAUCGCCCGAAAAUAUGCUUAGUUCAAGUUUCAACGCGUGCAUGGAGACCUAAUGCUUCAUGCCUACCUCGCCAGAAGAAAUGCUCUGUUUUUACGCGUGUGGUGUUUUCGUUGUUGGCUUCUGUUUUGUUCUUGCUUUUUUUGUGCUUGGGUUUGUUUUGUGUGUGCGCUUUGGUAAAGGCAAAAUAAUUUUUUAUUUAUGUCAGUCAUCUGAGUCAUGGUAGGGGCUUAAUUAAUUUGUUGCGUAAUAGAUAGACAUCUUACUGGAAUUUUAUAUAUUAUGUGUGAUUUUCGUGAUCAAA